CAGUGUUCGUUGGAAUUGUGGUGCAGUUCAGAAGAGUAGGAGCUGAUAUCUGCUACGUGACAAUGACUGCAGAGGAGCAGACAGGUGAAGGACAACACACCAUCCCAAUGGAGGGAGAGGACAUCACACCAAAGAAAGAAGGGGGUGUUUUAAAGCUGGUGAAAAGGGAAGGCACAGGCACAGAGUUGCCUAUGACCGGUGACAAAGUGUUUGUACAUUAUGUGGGCACACUUCUUGAUGGUACUCAUUUUGACUCAAGCAGAGACAGAGGAGAGAAGUUUUCUUUUGAGUUGGGCAAAGGUCAAGUAAUAAAGGCAUGGGACAUUGGCGUAGCCACAAUGAAAGUGGGGGAGUUGUGCCAGCUCAUCUGUAAGCCGGAGUAUGCUUAUGGAUCUGCAGGCAGUCCACCCAAGAUACCCCCCAAUGCCACUCUUGUUUUUGAGGUGGAACUGUUUGAAUUUCGAGGUGAGGACAUAACUGAGGAAGAGGAUGGAGGAAUCAUCCGUCGCAUUAUCACUAAAGGGCAGGGAUAUUCCAAGCCUAAUGAAGGAGCUACUGUUGACGUAACUAUGGAGGGUAUCUGUGAGGGACGUGUAUUUGACGAGAGAGAAUUGAAGUUUGAGAUUGGAGAUGGAGAGGGUCUUGGCUUGCCAGUUGGAGUGGAGAAAGCUAUUAUGGCUAUGGAGCAGGGAGAGGAGGCACUCUUCAAUAUUAAGCCUAAAUAUGGCUUUGGGAAUGCAGGCAUUGCAAAGUAUAACAUUCCUGCCGGAGCAACACUGCAAUACAAAAUCAAACUGACAGCCUUUGAGAAGGCUAAGGAAUCGUGGGAGAUGAACACGAUCGAGAAGCUGGAACAGAGCAGCCUGGUCAAAGAGAAGGGAACACAGUAUUUUAAGGUGAGCAAAUUUUUAAGACCAGAGCUUUUAUAUGAGUACAUAAAGUUUGUUGUCGGGCUGAACAUGAAUCUGUACACAGGAACGACGAAGAACGCAAAAGCAUUGCGGCUAGCGGCUCAUCUGAACUUGGCCAUGUGCUUCAUUAAGCUACAGGAGCCAAGCCAAGCCCUAGAAAAUUGUGACAAGGCUCUGGAGUUGGAUCCGUCUAAUGAGAAGGCUUUGUUCAGAAGGGGAGAGGCACUGUUUGGUAUGAAGGAAUAUGACAGAGCAAGAGAUGACUUCCAGCAGGUCGUUCAGCUGUAUCCUGCCAACAAGGCUGCCAAGAGCCAGGUGGGUCUUUGUCAGAAACGUAUUAAGGAGCAGCAUGAGAAGGACAAACGCAUUUACGCCAACAUGUUCCAGAAAUUUGCAGAGAGGGAUUCAAAGAAAGAAGCAAAGAAGGUGAAGAGUGAGAGCAAGGAGAACGGCGAUGGUGAGAUGGAAGUUGAGAACGGAGAAAAGGAAGUUGCGUGCGAAGCAAAGGCAUAGAUAAAUCAUCUGAACUUUAGACUUUUGUAACUUCAGCCAUUUGUGUUUAAGGUGUGUGUGUGUGUAUGUGAGACCGAGCGUGUCAAUGAGAGCACUGACUUUGGGAGCGUCUUCGCUGGCUUUCUUUGUGUCUGGGCUUUUUGCUGUGGCAGCUACCCGAGCGGGUGGGACUUCUCCAGCUGACGGCACUGUGGGACGUGGUUUUAAUAAAUGAGUUGUGUGCCACAACCAACCCCACCCCUGAACCCUUUCAACCCACAGCUUUGAACUGUGCAUGUAUUUUUUCACAGCGUUUUGGGUAGGGAAAAAAAAGUGCAUCCAAGUGUUAAGUGCAGAAUUUCACCAGUCAAGGGCUAGACCAUUCACCUUGCACUACCCUCUGUCCUCUACCCCUCCUCAUGUUUCAUGCUAUCCAUCUUACACUCCUCAUGGGCCUACUGAUCAAUUUCUGGAUUUGUGAUGGUUGUGUGCAUAGAUAUGUGUCUGAAUGUUAGAGUGACUGUGUCCCAAAGUACGUAUGUAGCAGCACUGGAUAGGUGAAGUAAUAAGACCUUAGCCUGGAAUAGCUGUCAAACUUUGAGUUUCUCUCUCCAUCUUAAGAUGGAGCUCCCCACUAGCCCCCAGGGUACAGGACUGUUCUUCUUUUACUUUGGAAAUAUUGACUUUGUACUUUUUAUGUUUUUUUUCUUCAGUGUUGUGCUUGUGACUUGUAUUAUUCUCAAAAUGAUGAAUACAACCAAUUACUUAACUGGAAUAUGUGCAUUUUUAAGCAGCUAGAAAGGACAUUAAUGAGCUUCUCCUGGAGACACUCAAGUUACAAUUACAUUUUAGUCUUAAUUUACUGUAAAAAGUACAUGUAUGAACAUGUGCAUAUAUGGCUCAUCAGAUUGUCUGUUCAAGACGGUACGCCAGAAUGUGAGCCUUGUACAUUGUCAGUCAACGGCACCUGUAGAGGGGCAGAAACUUAACUAGGGGGCUAAUUUAAAACGGAGCUGUGUGUUGAGUUUCUUUGUCUUUUGGAAGGGUCACUGCUUAGUCUGCCCUUACAGAGGGAUCUAAUAAACCUAGCUACAACUUGA